AUUGAAAGCGGCAUUUGUUCGAAAUUAACUGUACGUACGCAAUGCAAAAAAAGGAACAAUUGUUCUAAAAUCUAGAAGUUACAUUGUAAAGUGUCAUUAUAUGUGAAUUGUCAAUUGAGUUGUGAAUGUUUGAAUGUAAUACGAACUUAAAGUAAGCCCGAGAAUGUCUGCGAAGAGUUCAAUUCAGGUGUGCAUCAAGGUGCGCCCCUGCGAGGCCGGCGAUUCCUCUGUGUGGGAAGUAAAGGAAGGCCGCUCCAUACAUCUUAUUGACAGCCAAGCCGAUCCGUGCGUCUUCGACUAUGUAUUCGACCAGACUGCACACAAUCAGGAGGUAUUUGACCGCAUGGCCAAGCAUAUCGUCCAUGCAUGCAUGCAGGGCUUCAACGGAACUAUUUUUGCCUAUGGCCAGACGUCAUCAGGCAAAACCUACACAAUGAUGGGAGACAACCAGAACCUCGGUGUUAUGGUACUGGCCGCAAAGGAAAUAUUUAAGCAAAUAGCCAACGAAAACGAUCGCGACUUUCUGCUGCGAGUGGGCUAUAUUGAGAUCUAUAACGAGAAGAUCUAUGAUCUUUUAAACAAAAAGAACCAGGAUCUGAAGAUACACGAGGCAGGGAAUGGCAUCGUGAACGUGAACUGCGAGGAAUGUAUUAUAACGAGCGAAUCGGAUCUGUUGCGCUUCCUUUGCAUGGGAAACAAGGAGCGCACAGUGGGCGAAACCAAUAUGAACGAGCGUUCCAGUCGCUCCCAUGCCAUCUUUCGUAUCAUCAUUGAGUCGCGCAAGAGCGAUCGCACUGACGACGAUGCCGUCAUUCAGAGCGUCCUGAAUUUGGUAGACUUGGCCGGUUCGGAGCGGGCAGAUCAGACGGGUGCGCGCGGUGCUCGCCUCAAGGAGGGCGGCCACAUCAACAAGAGUCUGCUGUUCCUCAGCAAUGUGAUCAAGAAUCUGUCUGAAAACGUUGACAACAAGUACAUAAGCUUCCGCGACUCCAAGUUGACGCGAAUACUGCAGGCCUCGCUGGGCGGCAACGCCUUUACGUCCAUAAUAUGCACCAUCAAACCCUCGAUCAUCGAGGAGUCGCAGUCGACCAUAAAUUUCGCCAUGCGUGCCAAGAAGAUCCGCAUCAAGCCCGAGGUCAACGAGAUGGUGUCUGAUGCCACAAUGAUGAAGCGACUGGAGCGUGAGAUUAAGGAGCUGAAGGACCGUCUGGCCGAGGAGCAGCGCAAGAACGAGAGCCAGCUCAAGGUGAAGCAGCUUGAGAACCGCAUUCAGAACGACAUGCACAAGAUCAUUACUAGCAACUCGCUGAACGACAAGCGGCUGCAGAAGCGUCGCCGCACCUGGUGUCCUGCCACCUCCAUACCAGAGGGUGGCCUGCCCACACCGCUGCCCUGCAUUCCAGCCGAGCCCAGCCUGGAGCGGCAAUCGAAGGUGUCACAGCUGCCAAAGCCCGUUUUCUUUCCCACCUCUCACAUCAGCCACCGCGCCGACAACGGUCCCAAGACUGUAAAUAUAAUGAAGUCGCUAGACAUUGGCACGGAUGAGGAGUUCUCGCCAGCGGAAUUUAUAGACUUUGGUUGCGGGCCAUCGGAUGCACUGAGGACGAGAGAGCAAAGCAGGGUGCUGCCAGCGCUGGCUCUAACGCCCAACAUUGGGCAGAUGGGAGUGGCAAGCUUGGUGGAGAAAACGAAAAACGAUCGCUUGGAGCUGCAAAUGUUCACCUCGUUAGAGAAGCACUUUGAAGGGGACUGGGAAAAUUCGCAGGCUCUGACAGCGAAGCUGUCCGAGGUCACAGCCCAGCGGGAUGAGCUAGAGUCAGAGAGCCAAAAGAAUGCACAGCGAUGCGAUGAGCUGCAGGCCGAGCUACAGGCAGCCAAUGCCAAGAACUUGGAGUACGAGGAGAAACUGCAGACCAUGAAGGAGACCAUGAAGGAGAAGUUGGAGUUUUAUAAUCGUGAGGCUGUUAGCUUGGAGUUCGAAUAUGAGUCCCACAAAACCAAGUCAAAGCUGCGAGAGACGGAUCUUCUGUCGGCCCUGUCCGAGAAGGAUUUAACCAUUGAAAAUCUGCAGAAAAGUCUCGACGAAUUGUCUCGCGAUGUCCUGCGCAACAGCAAGGAGGAACGGAUGCGCUCCCCCAUAGUGGAUACAUCGAUGCCCGAGAUAAUCUGCGACAAGUGUGUGGAAUUUGAACGUCUGCUGGCCGAUGCCAACGCAAAGCUGGAGAGCAUUCAACUGUCCUUUAGCCAGAAGACAGAGGACUGUGAACGCCUCAACAUUCUAAUAUCCACAGCCCAUGAUGACAUGGCUCUUCUGCAGGGAAAGUACGAUGGGCUGGAACUUAAUUGGCAGAGCCAGCAGCAGGCCAUUCAAGCCAUGGAGUCAGACUACUAUGACCUCCAGCAGAAGUUCCAAAAGGUGCAGCAGGAAUACGAGGAUUUGGGACGAACCUCCAAAGCCAACAAAGAUCAGUGUCUACAGCUAGAGGCCGACAACACGGCACUUCAGGCGGAGAUUGUCACACUCAAGGAGCGCGUGGAGCAGGCGCAGCGCGUGCUCUUGGAAUCUAGUAAUCAAAAGGCGCUCGCGGAGCAACUGAAAGAAAAAAAUGAUGAGCUCAAAGCAGAGCUGUCGGAUGUGCAGUCGAGCUUCCAGGAAAUGCAGCGCGAAUAUGACUGCUUGUCCAACGAUCUAAUGGAGAGCGUAGAGGAGUGUGAUGGCUUGCGUAACGAGUGCAACGCUUUGCGUGAGGAGCUCAAGCAGCGGUCGACGCCCAGCUAUGACAUCGAGUCCAUGAAGAGCUCUGGCGUCGGCACAGAGUGCAGUGAGGCCGAUCUAGAGUCGGAGUCAGAUAUCGGAUUUUUGGAGAAGUUUGCCAAGCUGUCAGAUUCGCUGCACGAGAUCGAGCUGCAGCAUCGCUCAGGCUUCAGUCGCCUCUUCAGGGCUACUAAGAUUCAGGAGCACAAUGUGCCCGGGCUGAAGCUCUGCCUCGAGUCUGCUACAGACAUACACACCGUCGCGCACACGCUCGAUGACGAUGCAGAAGAUGCCGUGUGCCUGAAGGGCGUGCUGCGACAGCACAGGUUCCAGAUCAUCAGGCUGACCCAGGAGUCUGCACCCGUGCAAGAAGAUGCGGAAAAGAGACGCCUGCUCGACCACAUUGCUCAGCUGGAGAAUGAGAUUGCGCAGAAGAACAUGUUGAUCGAUGCCACGGAGGGAAAUAUCAAUGAGAUGCGCGAACAGAUGACCAACCUGGAGGCGGCGCUACUGGAGAAGUCGGUGAUUGUCAACAAGGUGGAGUCGUAUCAGCGACAGAUCGAGUCUCUCGAGAAGCAGAAUGCUGAGAUAACCAUCGUCUGUGAGGAGUUGCAGGAGAAGGUGAAGGAGAACACAAUGAGCGAGAGCCUCAUGCUAAGUCCUGGGGACGAUACGCUGCCCGGCAACACAUCCACCCCUUUGAUGCUACAGGACCAGGAGCCCGCUGAGAUAGCUGCUCUCAAGGCAUCCCUUUCCGAGCUGAUGGACAAAGUCGCCGAGCUGCAAGGCAGAGUGGAGAACCAACUGUCUCAGAUGCAGCAAAAGGACAACCACAUCGAUGUGCUGCGUACAGAAAUUGAGGAGCUGAACGAGCGCUGCAUAACCAUGGAGGUGAAGCUGGUGGAACUUCAGUCGAAUGCCAGCCAGCAGCAGCAGCUCCUCGAACGACAAGCUGAGAAAUUGGCAGACGACGUGCGACGCAUCGAUCAGCUGCAGGAAACCAAUGCGAAGCUCGUGGAGCGCAGCAUCAAGGCGGAAGACUCCCUGUCGGUGAUGCAGGAGCGUUUGCUUCACGAUAAUCGCAUCGAGAGCCUGGAAGAAUUACUAAAGAGUGCCAGAGAUCGCGUCGAAACGCUUGAGGAAGAGCUGAAGAGUGGCCGAGAUUUCAUCGAGGUUCGCGAAGAGGACCUGAAGAGUGCCGGAUAUCGCAUUCAUACGCUUGAGGAAGACCUAAAGAUUGCCAGAGAUCGCGUCGAAACGCUUGAGGAAGAGCUGAAGAGUGGCAGUGAAGGCAAGGAGACGCUUGAGAAAGAGCUGAAGAGUGCCGGAGAUCGCGUCGAAAAGCUUGAGGAAGAGCUGAAGAGUGCCAAAGAUCGCAACGAGGCUCAUGAGGAAGACGUAAAGAGUGCCAGAGAUCGCAUGGAGACCUUGGAAGAAUCUCUUAAGAGUGCAGGAGUUCGCAUCGAGGCUAGUGAGGAAGACCUGAAGAGUGCCAGAGAUUGCAUCAAAACGCUUGAGGAAGACCUGACGAAUGGCAGAGAUCGCAUCGAGACCUUGGAAGAAUCCCUAAAGAGUGCCAGAGAUCACAUCGAGACGCUCGAGCAAGAUCUGCAAAGUGCCAGAGAUGUAAUAGACGCCAAUGAGAAGCAGAAAACGGACGAGCUGAACGCCCUGAAGCUCGAGUAUCUUGAUAAAAUAGAGCAAAGCGAGAACGAAUAUCGCAGCAACUUCCGCAAAUACAACACCGAGUGGGAGGAGGGCAAGGAACGCUACGAACAAAGCGUGUCCACACUGAUGGCAGACCAAGCCAAGGCUGCAGCUCAACAUCAGGCAGAGCUGGAAGACAUCAGAACAGAGCAGAAUGCGGUCUUGGAACAGCUGAAGCAGGAGAAGCUCGAGCUGGAGUCGCUGUACGCGAAGAGCCAGGAAUUGGUGGCGAAGCUACAAUUGCAGCUGAACGCCCGAGACCGCAGCUCCACCGAACAGCUAGAUGAUAUGAUAGCCAGCUCACAGCAGCGGAUUCAGGAGCUUGAAGAGCGAUGUGAGAAGCACAUUUUGGACUAUGAUCACCUGCGUUCGAAAUUUCAAGCAGACUUGGAAAAGCUGACAGAGGAGAAGGUGGCCCUGCAUUCCGAAAGGAAAGAUUUGGAAGCGCAGCACACGAGCACUUUGGAGAAGAUUCAUCUGCUGGAGCAGCAACUGGAGACACUAAGCAAACAGACAUGCUCCGAGAAGGCAGAACUACUCGACAAAAUUGAGACUUUCACGUUAAAGAACAGUGACUUGAGUGAAGAACUGAAGCGGGUUCAAAAGAAGGCCCGGGACUUUGACGAAUUAUUCUCCCAGCAUCAGCGGUUGCAGGCGUGCUUGUCCGAAGCCACAGGAGUCAACAUUUCGUUAAGAGAACAAGUGGAGAGUCUUCAGUGUGAGCUCAACAGUGCCCAGGAAAAACAGAGCAAACGAAACGUUGAAAUCGAAGAACUUCGAUCGAAGCUGAAGGGCGCUUUGGAAGCACAGACCUCUGCGAGCACACAGGAGACUGCUCUGAAAAAUCAGCUGGAGGAAAUGGAAGUCAAGAUGAUUGCUAAGUCCGUGACUUUCCAACUUGAGGUGGAAGGAUUGAGGGGCGCAAGGAACGAGCUAGAGCUGAAGCUGAAUUCGCUAAAAGAGAGUAAAGCGAAGUUGGAAUCAAGCAAUAAAGACCUGGAAGUGACAAUGAAAAAUGCCAAAAACCUUCAAACUUUGCUGCAAGAGGAGCAAGAACUGUGUUCUAAUUUGCGCGACAUCUCCGAAAAACUGAAGGAAUCCAAUGCGCAGCUUGUGGCUCAACUUAAGGAAAAGGAUGCAGCCUGUGCGUCCCUCCAGGAUUCCGUGUCUCAGCAGAAAUUUGCAGUCGAAGAAGCCAACAAGAAAUGCUCGGAAGUACAGCAGUCAGUGGAGGAACUCAAAAAUGAAUGUGAAAUGCUGCGAACAACUCUGCAAACCAAAGAAGAGCAGAUUUGUACGUUGACUAAAAAGGCUGAAUCUAAUUCGGAGCUAGAGGAUCAACUUAAAUUGAGGGAGACAGAACGAAACUCUCUCCGCGUAGCUUUGGUGCAGCAGGAAAAACAGCUUGAAGAAAUGAGCCAGCAAGCUGACGAGGCUCGGAAGUCAAAAGCUGAGCAGACUAACGAAUGUAAAAGGCUGCAAACGGCACUGAGCACCAUUGAGUCGGAGCGUGAUUCUUUGCGUAAUAAUUUGUCGCAGCAAGAAAAAACUCACGCUGAAACUAAUAAGAAAUUAAAGGAAAUGCAGCAGAAAGAUGAAAACAGUCAAAAGUCAGUGACGGCACUCAACAAAGAAUGCGACAGGCUACGCACAACAAUGAAAACCACUGAGACUAAUUAUCGCACUGAAAGGGAACGCCUAAACGCCACUGUGUCAAGUCUUUUGGAGGACAAGCGAAACCUAGAAGAAAAGCUGUGCACUCUGAAUGAAAUUAUGGAGAAACUACAGGCUGACUUGACUGCUCUUCAGGGACUCAAAUCGAACGGCAGCAAUGCCUCCUUUGAGUCCAAUGCAUCCAGCACGUCGCCAGCUUCCACAGAUCGCCUUGCUGUUCCCAGGAAAUCUAUAAGCUAUGAAUCUGGCAUGCGUAAGAACCGACGGCUAAGUGUACACGAUGAGCGUCGCAGGCAGUCCUACUGGAACAAUGUGCGUGAUUGGGGAACCAUGACGGAUCCUGUGGACAAUAAUUGCAACUGUGUGGAGCUCAACCGCAAGCUGCAGGAAUGCCAGCGAGAUCUCUUUAUACGGGAGAGCCAGGUCACUGCGUUGAAUAUUGAGCUCAAGAACCAUCCACUGAAAGAGGAGAAUGCACAGCUUCGCAAACGUCUUUUGGAGGACCAGGAAAAAGCGCGUGCAGAAGUGAAACGUCUUAAAAUGAAGAAUCAAGAUCUCACGAGCCGUAUCAAUGAUUUGACUGCCGCGGCAGCUGCAUCAGAGUCUCUGCGAUCGGCCCAAGGCCAAACAUGCAGAAUAUCUCCUGCGAUGACCUCGGUAGAUACACAGACGGAGUCUGACUUGGAGACGGUGCUGGAAAAGAUAAACCAAAAGUAUCAAGACUCACUUAAGUUGUGCCGUUUCCGCUACUCUCUGAUCCAAGAUUUGGAGCAGAGAUUAAAGCAAAUCGAAAAUUGCGACACCUCCAACAUGACAUCCCUCACAGCAGGUCAAAUCAAUGCACUGAAGACCCAAUGUGAGUCGCAAAAGAAGGAACUGUCUGCCAUGAACGAGAAGUACGAGUACGCGAAACGUGUGCUGAAGAUGCGCAAGGAUGAGGUGGUCGAGAUGCGAAUCAAAAUCGCUGGCUAUGAGGCAGCCUCUUCAGCUAAAUAAGUCAUUAGAUUUAGCCUAGCUUAGUUGUAUAUAUUAAAUUCGUCAGUUCUUUAUGCCCGUAUCAAGAUCAAAUCGUAAUUCCAUCUAUUUAUUCUAUGUGAAAUCGAAACUUUCAAUAUUGUUGUGAGUAUUUUAAAUGUAGUUAUUUACUUGUCAUUCAUUUUAGUAUUGCAAGGUGGACAUGUAUCGAAUACACAGCUACGCUGCCUAUUGCCUAUUUAAGUACGAAUCAAAAAUUAUACGAUCCUUAAGAGUUA